UAGAGCCAAGCAGGGUCAAAGCGAAAUGUAUGAGAUUUUAGAGAACACCAAACACUCAGUUAAAACAGGAUUCUGGAAGCGCCACCAAAGCAAAAGCAGCUGUCCUAAUGAGAUUGGACUGAUGGCUGACAAACCGAAGAAGAACAAAAAAUCACUGGCCUUUGAUCUGUCUAGUACAAAAAAUGAAGAUGAGCCAUUUACUGAGCGAAGACGAUCCUCCUCUGCUUCUAUUGUCAAGUCAAAUGCCACAUUUUACAAACAAUUUAAAGACAUAAAUGAGAAUGUGAUCGACAGUUUCAAGUGUGCCUUGCAUAAGGAAGUCCCAUACCAUGGCAAGAUGUAUGUGUCUGACAACUAUAUCUGUUUCUACAGCAACAUAUUGAAAGAAAUAAAGCUCAUUGUUCCUGUUGCAAUAGUGAUUGCAUUGAAGAAACAGAAUACCGCCCUCCUUGUCCCCAAUGCCUUGUGUAUCAAGACGAAAGAAGGAGAGAAGCAUCUGUUCGGAUCAUUACGGUCAAGGGAUGUGACAUUUAAAGUUCUGAAGAGCAUUUGUACGCAUCUCGAGAAUGGAAGUCCCAGUAAUAGCCCUCGGAUUUCAAUAAACGAAAGCAGCUUUAGUACAGACUCCAAAAACUCUCAGGAGAAUCAGUCCAGCUUUGAACAAAAAUGCUCAGAUCUGAACUCUACUGAUUGUGUCGAUGCUUCCCCAGAGCCAAUACCAAAUACAAAUUUUGCUGACACAGCUAAGAAUGGGACCCUUCUUUGUAAGGAGAACAAAGAACAAGAAGGUCAGCCUGAAGAAAGAACUUCAUGCUACAUUGGUAAUUCCUGGUUCCAGAAAGUGAUGAAAAGGAUGAAAUCAUUUGUUGCAUUUCAUGAAUCGACCACUUUUAACACACUCAUUAUCGUCUAUGUGAUGCUAGUACUACUAUUGCUGAUCUCUUCCGGUUACAUUGGCUUCAGAAUUGUGGCUCUAGAGGAGCAGCUGAUGUCUAUGGGGGCCUGGCCAGAGCUCCAUACACACAAUCAAUAUAGAAGAACAUGAAGCUAGAAGAAUAACUGUGAGCAGCACCAUCCGCGUGUCCAAGGACUCCGAUUUGCUCAGUUGACUCUACAACAGGAUUACGUGAAUUUCACUGGUUCACACAAAGUCUUCGGGCACCGGGGAUAAUGUGUCUUUGUUGACUGUCAAAAAGAGUAAUAGUCUAAACUUUCUUUUUAGUCUGUAGCAAACUAAAUGUUUUAGUGGUGCCCUCUUUGUAAAGAGGGGGCACUUGUCAGAAAUUUGAUUAUUUUGUGGCAAGUACCACCUAUCAAUUCUAGAAAAGUGGAAACAUUUGGAAAUAGUGCAAUGAUUUUAAGUUGUACCAGCCAGUAAACUCAGGAUUUAUCACUGAUUUGCCUCUCAGGUGACCAGCUGCUACUGUAAGAUGAUCUUGUGAACUAGCUAGCAUUGAAAGUAACCUUGAACCUUUUUGAUUUGAAAAUUUCAUGCCGUGAACAAUGUUUACACACACUGUCGUAUGAAAAAACAGUCCAUGACUUGCAUGAUUGGUUUGAUGUAGUACAAGGCAGAAGACACAAUCCAAGCUACUUUUCAAUUUUAAGCAUUAGGCACUCUGUAAGUUGGUCUUUAAGAUAAAUGACUGCAGAAUGGUAUAACUGGAAUCUGUGUGCAAUUAAUGAGAGCUGACUCAGUUUAUUCUGAUUUAAUGUCAUUGUGUUUUGACAGUGUAAUUUGUGCAGUACUCUAUCCCUGCAGUGUAUAAAAUUUAAAAAAGGACAAGUGUUAUAGCUGGUAGCAAAAGACUGUGUAGGUGUAAACAAGAAACUGUUACAGUUUUUCCAACUCACAUGAAAGAUUUUAUAUGCAGUACUGUCUUCAUUCAGAAAUAUCACAAAAAUAAAUAACUCUUUUAUGA